AUGUCUGCCUCAGUUGCUAGUAUUUGUCCUUUGAUUGAUGGCAAAUAUCACUUGAUUUCUCGCAUCACAGCGGAACAACCAGCUCUAUACUUAAGUGUGGUUGAAGGAAGAGUCAUUAUAACUCCUGAGACGCCCACGGUUUGGUUUUUCGCCUACCAAUCUGAGCGAGGAAGCUACCGAAUUUGGCAAGACGGCACGGAAAACGUCCUGGAUUCUACCAAGGACCAAUAUAAUCCUACGCUCGUAUUCAAGCAUCAUGGUGAAAACUGGCAACAAUGGGCUGCAAGAUUUCAGAUUGACGCCACGCGCGCGCCUGCCGAUCCUCAACGCGUCACCGGACUUACCUUGACUCCCCUAAGUUUUCCUCAAAAUUUACUUGCUAUGGAGGGUGGUUCGGUAAGGGUUUUGCCAGCCCGACCGCAUGGGGAAAAUAUUGAGCCAAACCAGCUUUGGUCUGCGAUAUCUGUCUGA